AUGCCUCUAACCAUCCUCUCUGAAGCCCAAGUCCGCUCACUACUCCUCUCCCUGACCCGCGACGACGUGCUCGCCCUACAACAGAACAUCGCCGAGGCCCUGCGCGAAUAUUCCACAGGCAGUCAAGAUCAAGGCUGCGCUGCGUCGUACCAGCCUCAGCGAACAGCAAUCACACGCAAGGAUGGCACAACAACUGUCUUUAUGCCUGCGAGCACAGGAAAAACGACAGGCAUAAAAAUCAUCUCUGCGCGUUUGGACCCAAGAGCAGUAGCUAAUCCGGCUGACGCGUUCAAGCCUGGAUGCUCGAUCGGCCAGGAUUUGACGGCGAGCAGGCAGUCAGCCAAAGUGUCGCUGUCGGCGGAUGAUUACUCGUCGAGGAGGUCGAGUAGCUCGCUGUCGACGGAUAUGGGAUCUAUGUCUCUGACUAGUACUACUACUACUACUACUUCGUCGUCUCAGGACGGUAGCAACGAAAAAGAUGACGAUGAUGACGAUGACUUUUCGAGCUCGUCGUUUUCGUCCGAUGCGCCGAGUAUCAACCACCAGUCACUGAACCCAAACAACCCGAAACAAUCGUCAAUGGGAUACGGACAACGCAUCGACACCAAAGGCUGGAUCCCCGCCGGCGCACGCGAUUCCUCACCCCGCGGCGCCCUCACACUUCUCGGUGAAGACGGGCUCCCCUUUGGCCUCGUCAGCGCACAAGAACUCACCGCGUUUCGCACGGCGUUGACAUCUCUCUGCGUCUUCAACAAACGCAAACACGUCAAGAACCUGACCGUGUUUGGUGCAGGCAGGCAAGCAUACUGGCACAUUCGCUUGGCUUUACUCCUACGUGGACCCGAUAUCAAACGCGUUUACAUCAUCAACCGCUCCUUUGAGCGCGCCGCAGAGCUUUUACAGGAUAUCUACAGUGCGUCCAACGCCUCGUGGCGCGCGCACGUCAAGUUCUCUGCGUUUAGUAGUGAUUUUGUCGAAUAUGACCGGUUGCUGCGCGAGGCGGUGCGCAAGGCAGAUGCCAUCUUUUGCUGCACGCCAUCUUUAACACCGUUGUUUCCGGCAGAGUGUCUGACGUCGACCGAGGGGAAACGAAAAGGUCGGCUGGUCAGCGCCAUCGGCUCGUACAAACCGCAUAUGACGGAGCUUCAUCCGGAUAUUUUUCGGAAUGAGGUCAAGCCGCACAACCACUCGCAUCACCAUCACAAACAUGCGCAGCGCGGUGGGGUUGUGUUGGUUGAUAGUCUUGAGUUGUGUCUUCAGGAAGCUGGGGAGAUUGUGCAAGCAGAGCUGAAACCCAACCAGCUGGUGGAAAUUGGCGAGUUGAUGAUUAUGAAGCAGGCUGCCAGACUGGAAGUUGAAGCUGGUGGUGAGGUUGAAAAGGGGUUGCAGAAGUGGCUGGAGAGUGGGAAUGUGGUUUACAAGAGUGUUGGAUUGGGACUGAUGGAUCUGGUCACCGGUGGUGAUUUGGUUGCUUUGGCGAGAGAGAGGGGGGUUGGCACUGUUGUGCCGGAUUUUUAA